GGGAGUCUGGGGACCCCGGCAAUGGAGGUUUUUUAGUUUUCAACGGUAAGCGUGACGACUGUCGACUGACCAGACUAUUUUAAUAAUGAGAGGAAAAAAAAAAAUUCAAUUGAAAGUUACAGGGAGACACUUGAGUUCAGAGAGAGUAAAAAACUCAAAAAAGCAGCGAGCACAAAAAGCGUUCAAGGUCGGCUUUGCCUUUCCUUUCCUUUCCUUUUUCAAAAGCAACAACAGCUUCAGCUUCGCCUAUUAUCUCUCUUCUUCUUUCCUUCUGUGUACAAACUACAAUCCAAGUUUCUUCCGUUCGUGCUGAUCCAGAGAAUCGGUCGAUCGUGUAUGCAAAAGGAAGUCGCAUUAUUCAUUUUCCAUAUUUUUGAUAUGGUUCUUAGUUUGGAACAAUGACAAGGGUGACCCGUGAUUUUCGUGACACUAUGCAACGAAAUGCCAUCCCAGCUGUAUCAGCCAAUGUGGCAUUUGCUUCAAGCAGGUUUCCAAACUACAAAAUUGGGGCAAACAAUCAAAUUGUGGAUGCCAAGAAUGACCCCAAAGUACUGUCCAUGAAGGAGGUUGUUGCACGCGAGACUGCACAGCUGCUAGAGCAGCAGGAGCGUCUAUCGGUUCGCGAUCUUGCCAGUAAAUUUGAGAAGGGAUUGGCUGCUGCUGCUAAGUUAUCUGAAGAGGCUAAACUCAGAGAGGCAGCUUCACUUGAGAAACAUGUUCUUUUGAAGAAGCUCAGAGAUGCCUUGGAAACUUUAAAAGGACGUGUUGCUGGUAGAAAUAAAGAUGAUGUGGAGGUGGCAAUUGCAAUGGUCGAAGCUUUAGCGAUUCAAUUGACAGAGAGGGAGGGGGAGUUGAUCCAAGAGAAAUCUGAAGUGAAGAAACUAGCAAAUUUUCUUAAGCAGGCUUCAGUAGAUGCAAAAAAGCUUGUUGAUGAGGAAAGAGCUUUUGCUCGUGCUGAGAUUGAGAGUGCCAGGACAGCAGUUCAAAGAGUUGAAGAUGCCCUUCAGGAACAUGAACAUAUUUCUAGGGCUUCUGGGAAGCAGGAUGUUGAAGAAUUAAUGAAAGAGGUUCAAGAAGCAAGAAGGAUCAAAAUGCUGCAUCAGCCAAGCAAGGUCAUGGACAUGGAGCACGAGCUUCGAGCAUUGAGAGCCCAACUGAUAGAGAAAUCUAAGCGUUCUCUUCAGCUUCAGAGAGAGCUGGCAAUGAGCAAGAGGGGCGUGGACAGGAUGUCCCAAUCAUAUGAACUCGAUGGUUCUGAAGUGUUAGGGUCAUGUUUUCAGAUUAAACCGUCCUCUGGUAAUACUACGGAUCUUUCUAGAUGUUCAAUUCAAUGGUACCGUGUAUCAUCUGAAGGCGGCAAAAAGGAACUUAUAUCAGGAGCAACAAAGCCUGUUUAUGCUCCAGAGCCGUUUGAUGUGGGGCGAAUCCUGCAAGUUGAAAUUAUUUCUAAUGGCCAACAAAUCACAUUGACAACCUGUGGUCCCAUUGAUCCAGCUGCUGGGUUGGGAAGCUAUGUUGAGGCACUUGUCCGGAGACACGAUGUGGAAUUCAAUGUAGUUGUUACUCAGAUGAAUGGUGCGGAUCAUUCCUCAGAAUCUAUUCACAAGUUUCAUGUUGGAAGAAUGAGGAUUAAGCUUUGUAAAGGAAAAACGACAAUUGCCAAAGAGUGCUAUUCCACUUCAAUGCUGCUGUGCGGGGUAAGAGGUGGUGGAAAUGCUGCAGCUCAGGCAUUGUUCUGGCAGGCAAAGAAUAGACUUUCUUUUGUAUUCGCAUUUGAAACAGAGAGAGAAAGGAAUGCAGCCAUUAUGCUUGCCAGAAGAUUUGCUUUCGACUGUAAUAUCAUGCUUGUCGGCCCAGAUGACAGAUCUCCUCUAGGAGCCUAGAUUUUGUAGAAAGUUUCGGUUCCAGCUGCUAAAUACGGACUAUAGUGGACUACUUGGCACUCGGCAGGGUCGACGGUUUUCGAUCUUGAGGAUCACAUUGGGCUGGUAAAGGUGGUGGGAGAUAUUUGUUUGCGGUUUUUGCCUUUUGGUUCAAUUGACAAUUAUGCAGCAGCAGACCUGCUGAUGGGUGCUGUCCGGAUCGCAUGUUUGCACCGUGGAGUCAGAGACCCCUUACUGGCUGAAGUCACCUGCUGUCCGGAUAGGCCUGGGUUCUGUCCGGACAGCAGUUGAUUAUCUGCCUUUUCGGGACAGUUUGUAUAAAUAGAAACUUGUACGGUUCAGUUAAACCCAAUUGAAAGAGGUGUUGGGAAAUAGAGAGAAAACACCUAGAGCGUGAUAGAGAGCUUGAAUCAUUGUAUUUGCUCACUUGUUUUCUACUCCAACAUAAUGAAAUCGGUCUCCUCACUUGUAUCAAUGUUGCUUGGGCCUGUAAUGACUUGCAGAAUUUAAUUUCAGCGCUGUUGUUUUUGUA